CAGCUGUUUGUCAAGUAGCGAUAACAGGACUUGAUUUUCCGAAUUUUAUUUCAAAAAGUGAUAAAAAUACAAUGUUUUUGUAUAUGAACACUUUUACAUAAAUGAUAUGUACAACUAGAAAAAUAACAAGUUUCUCAAAUACUUCACAUUAACAAGCUAUAUAGGUACAUAACCUAAAAUGGCUUCGAAGAUUUUGAGAAAUAUUUUGAUAUGUAGAUCAACAAAUGUUAUGUUUAAAAGAUGGGAGAGUUCAGAAAAACGGGUAGCAGUGUAUGAUCCUUUCGUCAACAAACCAAAGAAAAAUAAAGAAACAUACUUAGAAGUAAUAAAAAUGUUUGAAGGGAGGGACACAAGGAGAAGAGGUCAUGUUGAAUUUAUUUAUUCAGCUUUAAAAAGAAUGAAAGAAUUUGGGGUGCAGAAGGAUUUAGAAGUGUACAAAGCGUUAGUGGAAGUCUUGCCUAAAGGAAAGUUUAUCCCCACAAAUAUAUUUCAAGCCGAAUUCAUGCAUUACCCUAAGCAGCAGCAGUGUGCUGUCGAUUUACUUGAGCAAAUGGAAGAUAAUGGAGUCAUGCCAGAUAGUGAAUUAGAACAACAGUUGCUAAAUGUAUUUGGCCGUCGAGGUAUACCAAUGAGGAAGUUGUGGAGAAUGUUGUACUGGAUGCCGAAGUUCAAGAACCUCAGUCCGUGGUACUUGCCCGAUCAACUGCCUCAGGAUACAUUAGAGUUGGCUAAACUUGCUAUACAAAGGAUAACAUCAGUCGAUCCUGAAGUUAAAAUUGAAGUUUGGGAGACAGAACAAAUAGAAGCAUCUUUGGACAAGACAUGGGUAGUCAGUGCACAGAGUGAGACACAGAAAGUGCUUUUAGCAGAGCAACCACUAGAAGAGCCUCUGGUUAUCCGAGGACCCUAUGUAGUUUAUUUGAGGGAUCAAGUUGUCACUUAUUUCAUACUACUUGGAAAGACCAGACCUGAACCUAAGGACGAUAGAGAUCUAGAUGAUGUAUCAAAUCUGGAAAAACCUCCUGGCAUACCAGGUUAUAUUGGUUCUACAAAGCUGCCCUCGGUAAAAUGUACAGUACAUGAACAAGAUGAUGGUACUAUAGUUUCAGUAUGCGCUACAGGUACAUCAUCAAGAGAUUCCCUGUUAUCGUGGAUAAGAUUAUUAGAGAGACAUGAUAACCCAAUUUUAUCUAAUCUACCAGUUAUAUUCACAUUAACGGCACCACCUACAGAAAUAGCUAUACCGGAGACAGAGGUUGUUGAAGAAAAGACGAAAUCUGUUGGGCCUAGUUAAUUAUUUAUACAAUGGUGCUGAUUCCAAAACAUUACCAUCUAAUUUUAGUUUAUGUUAUACCUUAUGAAAAGGGAUGACAAUCGUCAGGCAUAUAUUUUAUGGAACACAUGUCAAUUUUAGGCAGAAACUUAACAUGUUGCAUAGCAGCGAGAUGCCUAUUUUAUUUGGGUUAUUAAUUCAUUUUAAAAUGAAUAGUAUACAGGUAUAACUAAAAUAAAAUUAGGUGUCUGCAGGAAUCCGGGCCAGUGUUUAUAUAGUGACAUUGCUUAGUUUUAGUAAAGCUUAUUUACAAUA